AUGAAGAUCUCCACAGCGCUUCUGUGCCUGCUGCUCAUAGCUGGCACCAUCAGCCCACAGGUGUGGGCUGGGCCAGAUGCGGUGUACAUCCCAGUCACAUGCUGUUUUGAAAGGGCUAAGAAGAUCCCCAUGAAGAGGCUGAAGAGCUACAGCAGAAUCACCAGCACCAAGUGUCCCUGGGAAGCUGUGGUCUUCAGGACCAUACUGGAUAAAGAGAUCUGUGCUGACCCCAAGGAGAAGUGGGUUGAGAAGGCCAUAAAGAACUUGGAUCAGAAGUCUCAAUCUCGGAAUCCUUGAACCUUCAUGUCUGAGAUUCCCAGGGAAAUCUUCU